AUCUUCAGCAGUGGAGGCGGGGGGCGCCCUAUCAAAAGUGCACGGGGCGGGGUGAGGACAUGUUGCCCCACCUCGCUGUCUCCACGGUUGUUGGUGAACACGGAACUGCUGUCUGCAGAUACAAGAGGCGAAGACAUACUCUGAAAAGCCUGUGACAUUAUCAGUUUGGAGUGACUGUCGUUUGUGCAUCAACAAAUAAAACAUCCCUGAGCAACAGAGGAACUACAGAGUUUACUGCUGUUUCAGAAGACUGCAUCACUAGUCUCAACUGAGAGCAUAAAACAUCAUAGCCACAGGCUGUUGAGGAUGUUCCGCUUGCGGGCAUUGUCUGCAGUUUCGGUGGGGCUAGUGCAGCUGUCUCACCAUUACCACAGCAGGGCAGUGCGAGGGUCUGGCCAGAGGAGGCUGAUCCUGGCAGCUCUGGCUGGGGUGACUGGUUUGUCUGCUAGUGCGGGGCUACUCUGGAAAAGAGCAUAUGCAGAGGCAGGCCCUUCCGUUCAGCAUUCUGAGCGACGGAGUGAAGAAGAAGCUGAUUUUGUGGGGGAUACAGACUCUGAGACAGAGUCAGAGAAAUCAGUGGAGGCCAGCAGUGGAGAUGAAGAAGCAAAGGAUGAAGGUGGAAAGGGGAAAAAAAAGAAGCCACGCGCUGGAUUCCGUGACCGCAAGGUGAUGGAGUACGAGAACCGAAUAAGGGCUUACUCAACGCCAGACAAGAUUUUCCGCUACUUUGCCACGCUGAAGGUCAUCGGCGAGCAUGGAGAUGCUGAGGUCUACAUGACGCCCCAGGACUUCAUACGCUCAAUCACACCUAACGAGAAGCAGCCUGAAAAUCUGGGCCUGGAUCAGUUCAUUAUGAAGCGUUAUGAUGGGAAGGAUUUCUGGCAGACGGAGAAGAUCGCCCAGGAGAGGGAGAAGUUUGCAGAUGAGGACAGCAUAUUUUACACACUGGGAGAAUGUGGCCUUAUCUCCUUCUCUGACUACAUCUUUCUCACCACUGUGCUGUCCACUCCCCAGAGGAACUUUGAGAUUGCUUUCAAGAUGUUUGAUCUGAAUGGUGAUGGAGAAGUGGACAUGGAGGAGUUUGAACAGGUCCAGAGUAUCAUUCGUUCCCAGACCAGUAUGGGCAUGCGACACCGUGACCGCUCCACCACAGGAAACACCCUGAAGACGGGCGGCUGCAGCUCUGCUCUCACUACCUACUUCUUUGGAGAAGACCUGAAGGGAAAACUUACCAUUGGCAGCUUUCUGGAGUUUCAGAGGAAACUGCAGCAUGAUGUGCUCAAGCUAGAGUUUGAGAGGAAUGAUCCUGUGGAUGGCAGAAUCACUGAGCGACAGUUUGGGGGUAUGCUGCUGGCCUACAGCGGCGUCCAGUCUCGCAAACUCAAGCACAUGCAGAAGGGCUUGAAGAAGAUGUUUAAGGAUGCACAGGGCAUCACAUUUGAGGAGUUGGAGAAUUUCUUUACUUUCCUGAAGAACGUGAACGACGUUGAUACAGCACUGAGUUUCUACCACAUGGCUGGAGCCUCCAUAGAUAAAGUUACCAUGAAGCAGGUGGCUCGCACUGUGGCCAAGGUGGAGCUGUCAGAUCACGUGUGUGAUGUGGUGUUCGCUCUGUUCGACUGUGAUGGGAAUGGAGAGCUUAGUAAUAAGGAGUUCAUAGCCAUUAUGAAGCAGCGACUGAUGCGUGGGUUGGAGAAACCCAAGGACAUGGGCUUCACUCGGCUGGUCCGUGCCGUAUGGAAGUGCGCCCAAGACACUGCCUGGGACUUUGUCACACCAAAGACAUAACAGAGACAGGAGGCAGCAUGUGAGUGACAGAGAAAGCUGGUUUGCGUAUAAAGCAACAACACCAGUAGCAUCAAAGGUAUUCUCCUUACACAGGUCUCAAGAAUUUAAAUAAUCGGUUAAUGCAAUGAACUCAUUAGGACUGCAGCUCUGAAGAGUAUCAUCAAUCAUUAAUGCAUGUCGCUGGACUCCAGGCCAUCAUUCAAGUGACUAAAGCAUGCUGACACAGCACAGUGUGUCCUGAAAGGCUUCCCUAGUGUGCCUGCCCAAGGCAUUAUGGGUGUUUAUAUAUUUUAAGAAAGGUUUGUAUGGUUAUUUUUGCCAUAUUCUGUAGAGGAAUACAGUGGUAACUUUGUGACCCUUUGUGAAACGCUAAAAACAGCACUUUAAUAUCUGUAUUAACCAUGUUUCACAGCAAAAGGCCAGACGAGAAGUGAAAUCAGGCUUAUUAUUUGACCUUCAGCUGUAUAUAUGCUACAGUAUGUCAGUCUUUGGUAGGACAGAGCAGAACUCUGUAAUGUUAGUGUUGGCGCCUCUUCAUUCACUCUGCCAGCUCCAGCUGUAUCCAACAGACCAAUGAUGCUUCUCUUGCUCUAUAAUGUACUGUUCGGGAUGUGUAUUCUUCUAAAUAUUAUUGCUCAGUGAAACACUUUAUAUGAGAUAUGUUAAAAGAACUGCUCUAUUAAAGAUGGUUUAAUAAUGUAAAA